CGAACAGAGUUAAAAUGGCAUUCCUUAAGUACGCUUUAGUUUUUGUGGCUAUUUUUGCCACCACCUCGAUGGCCAUGAACGCCACCUGGGGUAAACGUAACUCCACCGAUAUUUUGUUGUUGAACGAAACGGUUAUUCGUUAUCCUGUUGCUAAUUCCUUCAUUUCGGCUGAUGUCUCCUUCCCCAAGAGUGGCCAAUCGAACACCCACAAAAUCACCGCCAUUUUGGUAUUCGACCGUUUCACAAACAGCUCUGGUGCCACUCCAACCUUGUGGUCUGGCGGUCCUGGCUACACCAUGGCCCUUGUCAACUUGAAAUCUCAAAUGAGCCGUGGCAUUAAUUCCACUGUUGAAAUUUGGGGUCAAAAGUAAAUGGAAUU